AUGCAGCAGAAUAAUUUGCACAACACUCCGAAUCCAGCCAGUCAGCCCGCUCCGGAUAAUGCAUACGCCCAGUUCUUCCAGCAAUUAGUGCAGCAGCAGCAGCUCUUUAUGCAGCAGCAACAGCAGCAGCUAAUGCACCAGCAGCAGGAUUUCUUUCGGAACAUUAUGUCGUCUAUUCAUGUUCAGGUUUCACCAAACCCUGAAAUAAUUCUCGACUCGCUAGCGAAUAACAUCAAGGAAUUUCGCUACAGUCCGGAAGACAACAUCACCUUCGCUGCCUGGUACGCUCGGUAUAAUGAUCUUUUCGAAAAAGAUGCGGCGCGAUUAGACGAGGAAGCAAAAGUUCGCUUGCUUAUGCGAAAAAUGGGAACGGCAGAACAUGAACGUUACAUCAGCUUCAUUUUGCCUAAAGCUCCGAAGGACUUUCCAUUCACAACAACAGUCACAAAACUGAAAUCGCUUUUCGGUGCGGCUGAAUCUAUAGUCAGUAAGCGCUAUCGCUGCCUGCAGAUAUCAAAACAACCUUCCGAAGACUACGUCACAUAUGCAUGUCGGAUGAACAAAACCUGCGUUGUAUUCGAGCUCAGCAAACUCACCGAGGAGCAGUUCAAGUGCCUUAUGUUUGUUUGCGGACUAAAAUCAGAGGGAGAUAGUGAGGUACGUACACGACUGCUUUCCAAAAUUGAGGAGCGCAGCGAUGUCACCUUAGAACAUCUUUCGGAAGACUGCCAACGUUUAUUGUGUUUAAAGCGGGGCACAGCAAUGAUAGAAUCUGUACCAUCAUCAUCAGUACAGUAUAUCAACCGUAAGCAGCAGUUUCCAAAUCGCUCGUCGAGACUUCCAGCACGAAACAAUACGAACAAAAUUAAAAAUCUACCAGCUAUACCUUGUUGGUGUUGUGGUGGAAUGCACUUCGUCAGAGAUUGUCUCCACAAAAAUCACAAGUGCAAUGAUUGUGAUACAAUUGGGCACCGUGAAGGUUAUUGUUCCAGUGCGAAACGAAGUCCAAAAGCAACACACCAUAAAAUCAGACCGUCAGAGAGAUUCAAAACAAAAACGGUAAGCCUAUCAGUAAAUGCAGUGAACAGCAAACGAUACUACGUUCAGUCCCACCUAAAUGGUUUUAAAGUGCAGUUACAGUUGGAUACUGGGUCCGACAUCAGCAUAGUUUCCAAACAAACGUGGGAGAAAAUCGGCAAACCGCCAACAUCGCCAGCUAAGGAAAAAGCAGCGACUGCAACAGGGGACCCUUUGCAGCUUCUUUUCAAAUUUGACUGCGACGUCUCCAUCAAUAACAAUCAUUGCCGAGGACAGUUUUACGUAGUGGAAAACCCAAUUCAUCUGCUUGGUAUUGACCUACUAGAUGCAUUCUCCCUGUGGACAGUACCGAUCAGUGCAUACUCUAACAAAGUUGUCAGCCUCGCAAACCCUCCGAACAGUGAUGUUAGUUUGGUGUAA